ACUUACCGGUCAACAAGCCCACUGAGCAAUGGUGGGAGAUGGCAGUUGAUGGGGCAUCCGGUCCUAGAGGAUACGGGGGUGGUAUCGUGUUCACCACCCCAGAAGGGUUCAAGAUCUACCAUGCAAUCGUCUUCAACUUCAAGCUGACAAACAAUGAGGCAGAGUAUGAAGCUUUGGCUGGAGGGCUCAGACUGGCCCAAGCCCUGAAAAUCAGCCGGGUCAGUAUCAAAUCUGACUCUAACCUGAUAGUUGGGCAGGUGACCGGUAACAUGGAAGCAAGGGAAGGACGCAUGGCACAAUACAAGGACCUUGUACUUGCCCUGUUGAAAGGCUUCGAAGAAUUCAAGAUCGCCCAAAUUCCCCGGGCGGAGAACGCGGAUGCAGACCUUCUCUCCAAAUUGACGCAGUAUGCUCCCGAGCAUGUUUUGAAACUUGCCCGGGUGGAGAUCCUUGGUCGUGCAAGCAUCGAGACAUUGGAAGUCACCGCUAUAGCGACAGGGAGCCAGUUUGACCGGUCAAACUUGGUCCGGGCGGACGACCAUUGGAUGUAUGAUCUGAUGGAAUAUUUGACGGAUGGGAGCUUGCCAGAACAAGAUGACCGGGCAAGAAAAGUGAAGCUCAGGGCACCCCGAUUCCAAAUUCUUGAUGGAAAGCUGUAUAAAAGGGCAUUUGGGGGGCCACUCCUGAGAUGUCUAACCAACCGGGAGGCUAAGCGAGUCAUAGAGGAAGUCCACGAAGGCGUAUGCGCGGCGCAUCAAAUGUCCCGUACACUUUCCCAGCGCAUUAUCUUGUUGGGGUAUUACUGGCCAACAAUUGUCCAGGACUAUGAGAGGUAUGUACAGAAAUGUAGAACAUGUCAAGUGUUCUACAAGUACCCCGGUAGACCAGCAACCUACUAUCACCCCGUAUCGAAUGUCAUCCCAUUCGCUAGGUUCGGGGUUGAUAUCAUUGGAGCAUUCCCAGUCGCCCAAGGAGGGAAGAAGUUCGUGAUCGUAGCCAUCGAUUACUUCACCAAAUGGAUCGAG